GCCAGCAACCACCACCACCACGAUCACUGUUGUAUCCGCCACCUUGCCCCAUUUUGAAUGUGACAAAGAGAGGGAAACCAAACCACUGACCAGAGGAGCCGACCAGGACGCCGGCCGGCCAUGCCGAGGUCCUCCUCCUCCGCGCCACGCAUCCUCGGCAGGGCCAUGGCCAUCCUCUCCCUGCCGCUCACCCCGCUGUCCAAGACAAGGGCGGCGAGGAGCCUGCUCCUCUUCAAGAAGCGCCGCGCGCGCCGCCUGCGCCACUACAACUACGCCUACGUCGGCGAGUACCAGUUCUCCCCGUCCGGCUCCCCGCUCCUGCCCCGCCCGCCGGGCGUCUCCGCCUGGCGCGCCAAGCGGAGGAGCCGGGCCAGGACGGUCCUCGCCGCGCUCCUCUGCGGCGGCUGCGGCAUCGCCGACGCAGACGGCGUAGACGCCGCCGUGCUCGACGGCCUGCUGCCCCUGCCCCGCGCUCUGCAGGACGAACGGGCCGGCGAGGACGGCGCGUCGUACGGGUACGGCGAGGAGGAGGGGGUGUACCACGGCGAGGAGGAGGAGGAGGAGGAUGAUGUGGUGGAGGUGGAGUGCGAGGGGGACGAGGAGGUGGACGGCCGCGCGGAGCGGUUCAUCGAGAGGUUCUACGAGGAGAUGAGGAUGCAGCAGACGCGCCUCCUCUAGGCCGGCCGGAUCCAUGGACGACCCUGUCUGCAUUUCGCCUUCCGUCUUAAUUGGUAGAAUUGUCGCUAGCUAUCUUGGCUGCAGUUCCUUGGGUUACAGUGUGUUUGCUCUUGGUUUCUCUCGCGCAGUUUUGUUGUUCUAGUAGUGUCAUGUCCACACGUGUGUCUGAAUUUACCCAAAAUUCCGUGUUGUUGACUUGUUGUGGUGUUGAUAAAUGUUCUCCGAGUUCAACUCUA